UUUCACUGACCCUUUGUGACUGAGCACUUACCUCUCAGACCACUCAGUGAGGCGAGAUUCAUGCUGAGUGGGUGACAGCACCAGGGCACCCUCCUGUCUGGCUUCAUCUGUGUCAGCUACACCUCUACUGACCACUGCCUGUGCCUGAGCUCCUUCAUCCAAGAAGAGAAAGAAGAGCUGUGAGGACCAGCCACAGCCUAGUCAGCUAAAGAAAUGUCAACGAUUGGGAGUUAUGAAGGAUUCCAGCCUGUGUCUCUGAAGCAAGAGGGAGAUGACCAACCCUUAGAGACUGAGCGACUCUCCAUGGAGGAGGGAGACCCAGGCAAGGACCCAGUGCCAAAGCAGAUGUCAAGGCAGCCAAGUGUGACCAAAUCAACACUCUACCCUAAUCCUUAUCAUCGGCCUUAUAUCUCACGAAAGUACUUCGUUACACGGCCGGGAGCCAUUGAGACUGCCAUGGAAGACUUGAAAGAUCACAUAGCCAAGACUUCUGGAGAGAAAAUUCAAGGCUACUGGCUCUUGACAGUGAUAGACCACUGGAACAAUGAGAAGGAGAGGAUUUUGGUGGUCACAAACAAGACUCUCUUGAUCUGCAAAUAUGACUUCAUCAUGCUCAGCUGUGUGCAGUUGCAGCAAAUUCCCCUGGGUGCUAUCUAUCGCAUCUGCCUGGGCAAGUUUGCCUUCCCUGGGAUGUCCCUGGACAAGAGACAAGGAGAAGGACUUAGGAUCUACUGGGGGAGUCUGGAGCAGCAAUCUCUAUUGUCCCGUUGGAACCCAUGGUCCACUGAGGUACCUUAUGCUACAUUCACGGAGCAUCCUGUGAGGUAUACCAGUGAGAAGUUCCUUGAACUUUGCAAGUUGUCUGGAUUCAUGUCUAAGCUUGUGCCAGCUAUCCAGAAUGCCCUCAAGAAUUCAAGUGGAUCUGGAAGAGCAAAGGGACCAAUGGUGUUAAAUGAACCCAUUUUGAUUGAGACCUACAUGGGACUGAUGUCAUUCAUUGGAAACCGCAACAAACUUGGCUAUUCUCUUGCCCGUGGGAGUAUUGGUUUUUGAGACUCUUUGAUAUAUAAGUACAUCAUCCAUACACAUAUCAUAAUUGAAGAUUCUAGUUCAGCCCACUGUCAUUUUGGACUGAAACAAUUAACUUUUUAAAAAUAGCACUACAUUAUUUUGAAUAUUUAGUACUUAGGAAAUCCAAAAGCUUGAUUAGACUGAUAAAUGUAUACUUUAGACCUUAUAUAGUGAUAAUCAAAUUUCCCAAAACAAGAAAAUAAAUUCUCCUAAGCCCAUUAGAUAAUGUUAUCAAAUGGGUACCUGAUUAUAAACUCAAGGUGGGCUCUGGGCUCUUUUUACUCUGUCCUCUAAACUUAGGCAUUUUUCAGGUCUUAGGUGUUGGCCCUCUGAUCCUGAUUUUUUGUCUCAUUGGGGUCUAGCUGUCUAUUAUUUUAGCUACCCUUCUUAUAAGAAUGCCUUUCAAAUCCAUAUAUGCAUCCCUGACAUUUCUUCAAGAUUUAAUUUUGCAUUUGUGUCUGCUGAUCAUCUAUAUCAGUGUUCAAAUGGCCUCUCACAUUUAGCAUCUUCAAAUUCCUGGAUUUCUCUGUGUCAUUUUUAUGGUUCCAGUUAAAAUCCAUGCCAAAUCCAUUCCAUAUAGUAUUUGUAUUAGUCUAUUUGGGCUGCUGUAACAAAAUACCACAAAUCGGGCAGCUUAUAUACAACUGAAAUGUAUUUAUCACAGUUCUGGAGGCUGGAACUCUGAGAUCAGGGUGCCAGCAUGGUCAGGUAAGGGCAUUCUUCUGAGGUUGCAGACUUCUUAUUAUAUCCUCACAUGAUAAAAUGUUCUCUUGUGCUUCUUUUAUAAGGGCAUUAACCUCAUCCAUGAGGGCUCUGUUCUCAUGACCUAAUCACUGCCUUCGGACUCAACAUUGGGCUUUAGAAUUUCAACCUAUGAAAUUUCAGGUGGACACAAACACCCAGACCAUAGCAGUGAUGUAUCUGUAUGUGGCUUAACAUUAUACUCUAAUGCCCAGAUGUCAAACUGUUCAUUCUUCUUCCAAAAUUGUUCAUAUUCUCCUCCCCUUUUCCAUUCUCAUAGGUAUGUUAUUAGAUCAACUUGGAGGAUGACUCUAGAAUGUCUUUUUUUUUAAAGGUCAUAGCCUUUUAAUUGGGAUCUUCAUUCCAAGGCUGGCCCUCUUCUGAUCCAUUCUACUCUUAGUUGUCAGAUUCCUAAAGCACAAUUUGAUCAUAUCACUCCCUAUUCAAGAAUUUUAAUGGCUCAUUUCUGUUUGCAGUUUUUUCUUCAAACACACACAGAAAAAUAGCAGGCCCUUUCUUUCUAGUGGAUGCCCAACAUGUUAAACAGAUAGAAGUAGGGCCACAAUGAUUGAGGGAGAAGUGGGAAUGCCACCAGAGGGGCUUCCUGGGGAGUGUCUGUGGCUUCCAAAGGGUUUUGAGGUGUGUCCUAACUCAUUCUAUUUUCCAUUGCUCUUUCUUUUAUUAUUUACUCUUUGUCUCUCCUUAUGUCUGAUUUUGAACAAUCUGGAAGAUUAUCUCACCUUUUCUCAACUUUUCAAGUUUCUUGUAUUUUUUUAAUUUUUCAAUUUUAUCUUACUUUUAAUUUAUUUUAAAAAUCAGUUUUAAAUGUUGAACACCAUAAACAUUAUUAUAACCAACCUUUGGCCUGUCCCAAGACUCAAGGCUGGGACACCUUGGUAGGCAUUCAAAUAAAAAUGUUCAGGUAAUUGUUUUUGCUUAUGUGGCAUCUAUUUUUUGAAGUUCUACCGUUGAAAAACUUACUCAAUUCCUAAGAUUUGUCCUCUGAUACAAUCUUAACAUCAAUUUGAUGUAGGCAUUCAAAACCCAAGUCUUGAAUAAACCUCAUUCCAUUUUGUCUUUGUUUACUUCCAUUAGUAUUUCCCUCCCUCUCUGUCCCCUUCCCAGCAUCCACUUUCCCCGCCAUGAUGGCAAAUAUUGUUAUAGUCCCCAAGGCAGAGAACUUCUAUUCAGACUGUAAAAGGAAAUGUUGAAAUUUUUAGCUGCCCUGUCAACAGUAGUGGAAUGAAAAGUCGUUGGAUUAUUUUGGCAAUGGUUCUAAAGUAGACAUAAUUGGCAAAUCACUAUAGCACUGUUGCCUGAAAAAUCCCCAUUUGCCUCAAGAUAGUAGCAUUUGUUGGCAGCAGCCUCUGAAAUGUCCAGCCCUUUCUUUUCAGUUACCAUUUAAGGGUCAGCCUGACAAUUGACUUCUCUCUGCACAUUUGUCCUCUUUGUAACUUAAACUGGACUGUUUUCAAAUGACUGUCUAAAUGAUACAUU